AAAAUGCAAAAGAAGUUGAAAUAGAGUAUGAGGAAAACGAAAGGGGCAAAAAGAAAGUAAUGAAAAGUAAGAUAAUUGCCCAAGCCAAAAAAGUUUUCCGUGAUUACAAAUUAAUGGAGCGAUUUGUGGCUGGAAUUGUCUUGACUGGCAAUGAAAUAAAGUCAUUAUGUAACCACCAAGUUUCCAUUAACGAGGCUUAUAUUUUACCGCAAAAACAGGAAUUAUAUGUUAUAAACAUGCCUAUUGCGGUCUAUAAGUGCUCUAACCCCACAGACUUAACCAAAACUCACGACCCACAAAGAAAAAGGAAAAUUCUACUCAAAAGAAAAGAAAUUAAUAAAUUAUUGAGGGUGAUAAAGGCCAAAAAUUAUGUGCUGGUUCCGCUUCAACUUUUUAUCACUGAUAAAGGUUGGGCGAAAUUAGAAAUCGCUUUGGCUCAGCGUCUACGAAAAUACCAAGUAAAGGAAAAAAUUAAAGAAAAAGAGAUGAAAAGAGAACUACGAAAAGAAGUUUUUUAG